AUCGGACGCCGGUCCACCAAGCGUCUUCUUGUCUACGGAAAGAGGGAUUUCCUGGUCGCGUCUUUUGAAGAAACCUUAAGCGCGGCACCGUCCGCCGUUGUCCCCACAAGAAAGGGCGUGGGAGCCACGGAGGGAAAAGGGAGGAGACCGGCCCAUACAGCAUCACGCAAGGAUGGAGGCGGGCAACCUCGGCCCAGCAAGGCCUUUGUCACUGCCAGCAUCUCUCUCCCUUGGAGCACGGCGGGGGAUCUCCCGCCUGACGUUCUUAGGGAGGAGCCAGGAUACGUGCGGGCUUCUCAGGAUCUCGUCGGCUAUUAUGCCGCUUCGGGGGAGAUUGAAAAUGCAGCGCAUGCCUUGAUCAUUAUGAGGACGGGUAGGAGGGGUAGAAGAAGAGAGGGAGGGAGGGAGGGAAGGAGGGAGGCAGGGGGAGAUGAAGAUGGAAAAGGGUGGAGCAAAAAUAUGACUUAAAGGGCAACAUUCCGCACUGGGUAUUCAGCAAGAGCGUCGGGACUACCGGGAUGCACUUUCUUCAGACCUUGGAGGCAGUGGCAGGGGCGCCACGGCGCCGCUGGCGAUGGUAGCCGUGAACAGAAAAGGCACCCGGAGAACGCUCCCCUCCGGAGUAUUGGGACAGAUGGGGAGAAAAGGAGGGAGGGAGG